CUGGCAUUGUAGAAACAUCUCGACGGGGAAACCUCGACAUCACGGACUCGUCGCCGUCGAACUACAGCCGUUUAGCGUCCCCGUGGUAAUAUAGAUUAAUAUUGGUAUCCCCGUCGGGUAAGAUCCAGGAAGAACUUCAAUCUUGUCUGCUUGUAUUCGGUGCGUCAUGUGUUUGUACGGCAGUGCUCUCUGAUGGGUGGACAACUGGACCGGUGGUUUUAUUCUUGGGCACCCCUGGCUAAGUAGCAGGUUGGUGUAUGUCCUAGCACCAUUUAAAUAUGGCGGUUCUCUCCAUUGCAGGUUCAUCAUCAUCGUCUACGAACGCCAAUUCGAGAAAACGAGCCCUUCAAGAUGGUGCCCAACAUUGCUACAUUGUCGACAGGUGCUGUGCUCCUAGCAUCAGCAUUUACUGUCAACGCGCAAACAUGCGACCUCCCCUCCAAAUACCGCUGGACCUCUAGCGGACCCCUCGCAGAACCCAAAAACGGCUGGGUUUCCCUCAAAGACUUCACAACCGCCCCGUACAACGGCAAGCAUAUCGUCUACGCAACUACUCAUGACAGCGGCUCCACCUGGGGAUCCAUGGGCUUCAGCGCCGUCAACAACUUCUCUGAACUCGGCUCCGCCCAACAAAUCAAAAUGAACAACGCCGUCGUCGCACCCACCCUCUUCUUCUUCGCUCCCAAGAACGUGUGGGUCAUGGCCUACCAGUGGGGAGGCCCUGCCUUCUCCUACCGCACCUCAUCGGACCCGACCAACCCCAACGGCUGGGGCCCAGCUCAAACCCUCUUCUCCGGCAGCAUCUCGGGCUCCAGCACGGGUCCCAUCGACCAGACCCUUAUCGGCGACAAGGACAACAUGUACCUCUUCUUCGCGGGCGACAACGGCAAGAUCUACCGGGCCAGCAUGCCCAUCAACAACUUCCCCGGCAGCUUCGGCACCGCCUCCACGGUCGUCAUGUCGGACUCCACAAACAAUCUCUUCGAAGCCGUGCAGGUCUACACCCUCCAGGGCCAGAAGAAGUACCUCAUGAUUGUCGAGGCCAUCGGCUCGCAAGGCCGCUACUUCCGCUCCUUCACGGCGACGAGCUUGAAUGGGCAGUGGACGGCGCAGGCGGCUACGGAGCAGAACCCCUUCGCUGGCAAGGCGAACAGCGGAGCGACGUGGACGAACGAUAUCAGUCACGGGGAUUUGGUCAGGGUGAAUGCCGACCAGACGUUUACGGUGGAUCCGUGCAAUCUGCAGUUGCUGUACCAGGGUAGGAGUCCCAGCUCGGGUGGUGAUUAUGGCAAGUUGCCGUACAGGCCGGGACUGCUUACUUUGCAGCGAUAGAAGGAGGGGGAGGAAGGUGAAGUGGUUUGGAGUCGAUAGGGUUUGAAGAUGGCAAUUCUUAUAUAUAUUUUUGGGGUAUUACGCUUUUGAAUUGAUCGUUCCAACGGCAGUGAGCACG